AUGUCGUUUUCUGUUUUGGGUUCUCUGGAAGGUCCUGCCCUCAGGAAGGUCCCGCCCUCAGGAAGGUCCUGCCCUCAGGAAGGUCCCGCCCUCAGGAAGGUCCUGCCCUCAGGAAGGUCCUGCCCUCAGGAAGGUCCUGCCCUCAAGAAGGUCCUGCCCUCAGGGAGGUCCUGCCCUCAGGGAGGUCCUGCCCUCAGGAAGGUCCUGCCCUCAGGAAGGUCCUGCCCUCAGGAAGGUCCUGCCCUCAGGGAGGUCCUGCCCUCAGGAAGGUCCGCCCUCAGGAAGGUCCUGCCCUCAGGGAGGUCCUGCCCUCAGGAAGGUCCCGCCCUCAGGAAGGUCCUGCCCUCAGGGAGGUCCUGCCCUCAGGAAGGUCCUGCCCUCAGGGAGGUCCUGCCCUCAGGAAGGUCCCGCCCUCAGGAAGGUCCCGCCCUCAGGGAGGUCCUGCCCUCAGGAAGGUCCUGCCCUCAGGGAGGUCCUGCCCUCAGGAAGGUCCUGCCCUUAGGAAGGUCCUGCCCUCAGGAAGGUCCCGCCCUCAGGAAGGUCCUGCCCUCAGGAAGGUCCUGCCCUCAGGAAGGUCCUGCCCUCAGGAAGGUCCUGCCCUCAGGAAGGUCCUGCCCUCAGGGAGGUCCUGCCCUCAGGGAGGUCCUGCCCUCAGGAAGGUCCUGCCCUCAGGAAGGUCCUGCCCUCAGGGAGGUCCUGCCCUCAGGAAGGUCCUGCCCUCAGGGAGGUCCUGCCCUCAGGAAGGUCCUGCCCUCAGGGAGGUCCUGCCCUCAGGAAGGUCCUGCCCUUAGGAAGGUCCUGCCCUCAGGAAGGUCCCGCCCUCAGGAAGGUCCUGCCCUCAGGAAGGUCCUGCCCUCAGGAAUGUCCUGCCCUCAGGAAGGUCCUGCCCUCAGGGAGGUCCUGCCCUCAGGAAGGUCCUGCCCUCAGGAAGGUCCUGCCCUCAGGAAGGUCCUGCCCUCAGGAAGGUCCUGCCCUCAGGGAGGUCCUGCCCUCAGGAAGGUCCCGCCCUCAGGAAGGUCCCGCCCUCAGGGAGGUCCUGCCCUCAGGAAGGUCCUGCCCUCAGGGAGGUCCUGCCCUCAGGAAGGUCCUGCCCUUAGGAAGGUCCUGCCCUCAGGAAGGUCCCGCCCUCAGGAAGGUCCUGCCCUCAGGAAGGUCCUGCCCUCAGGAAGGUCCUGCCCUCAGGAAGGUCCUGCCCUCAGGAAGGUCCUGCCCUCAGGGAGGUCCUGCCCUCAGGGAGGUCCUGCCCUCAGGAAGGUCCUGCCCUCAGGAAGGUCCUGCCCUCAGGAAGGUCCUGCCCUCAGGGAGGUCCUGCCCUCAGGAAGGUCCUGCCCUUAG